CCCCUCCUGCUCUACGUGCACGUCCGUAGCUACCUUGGCUCAAGCCAUCUUGUCUCGAGCGAGGGUUCGAGAGCCAGGCCCGGAGGCGGCACCGCGGUCAGCAUCUUGCCCAGGGGUUAAAGCCCGCCCCGCAGCGAUGGCAGAGGGCCGCAUCUACAACUUCUCUGCCGGCCCCAGUCAGAUGCCGCUGGAGGUGCUCGAGGAGGUGCAGAAGGAGCUCGUGAACUACAAGGGCACGGGGAUGAGCGUCAUGGAGAUGUCGCACCGCUCCAAGGAGUACAUGGCCAUCGCCGCCGAGGCCGAGAAGAAUCUCAGGGACAUCUACGGGAUCCCGGGCGACUACAAGGUGUUCUUUGCGCAGGGCGGCGCGACCCUGCAGUUCUCCUCCGUGCCCCUCAACAUGCUCGGCUCGAAGGCCAAGGCCGACUACGUCGUCACCGGCCAGUGGAGCGACAAGGCGUCCAAGGAGUGCAAGAAGUACGGCGUCCCGAACAACGUCUGUGACACCAAGGCGACCAAGUACACCUCUAUCCCAGCGGUUUCCACCUGGAAGAUUGACAAGGAGGCCGCGUACAUCCACUACUGCGCUAACGAGACCGUGAACGGCGUCGAGUUCAGCUACACGCCCGACGUCGGAGACGUGCCUCUCGUCGCAGACAUGUCGUCCAACUUUGUAUCCAAGCCGAUCGACGUGUCGAAGCACGCGUACAUCUAUGCGGGCGCGCAGAAGAACCUCGGCCCUGCUGGUAUAUCCAUCGGCAUCCUGCAUCCUAAGUUUGCCGACGGCUCAAGCGAGUUGAAGAUUUGCCCCACUUACUGCAGUUUUAAGACCAUGGCGGAUAAUGGUUCUAUGUACAACACUCCAGCAAGCUUUACGUGGUAUGUCAUCGGUGAGUACCUCAAGUACACCAAGAAGGUUGGUGGCGUGCAGCACUGGGCCGAGCAGUCUGACAAGAAGGCCGGCCUCAUCUACGGCAUCAUCGACGGCUCCGACGGCUUCUACAAUUGCCCCGUGGAGAAGAGCAGCCGGUCCCGCAUGAACGUGCCCUUCACAAUCGCGGGCGGCGACGAGGCCAUGGAGAAGAAGUUUUUGGACGAUGCCAAGAAGGUAAACCUGUUCACGCUGGCUGGGCACCGCUCGGUGGGCGGUUGCCGGGCAUCGCUCUACAACGGCAUGCCCCUCGAGGGCGUCGAGAAGCUCGGGGACUUCAUGAAGUCUUUCAUGGACGAGAAUCGCAAGUAAGGCCAGUCGGCGUUCGGAGCCGCAUGAUCGCACGGGGGCGGUGGGGGUGGCGAGGGAAAGGGAUGGACCACCUUUCGAUUUCGCUAGCUUGAUUUAGGCUCUUAUCAGUUUUCGAUAUGUUCCCACGAGGCCCAGCAUUGGCGGGUUUCGUCUCUCGUGAUUGGCCGCAUUGGCGGCUCUCGCCUGCCUGUUUGUUGGCAUUCCAAGGCGCCGCUCGGACCCUCCUAAUGAUCUUCUGUCCGCGGAGCUUGUCAGGGUACUAGCGCUCGCCGCGCCAAGAUGCGGGGUCACUGGGUGGAACCCGGAUUACCCUGCGUGAACGUUCCAGUUUCUCUUCAGUACUCGCCAUCCUCGGUUGCGUCACUUUCCCACGGGGUACAAUACCCCCACCCGCAGAUGUCCCAGUACAAGACUGGGCCCGGGCAUCACGGGUGGCCCGAAGGCGAAGGCGGCAGCGGCAAUCGAGCAACGGGCCUCGCAGUGCGCGUGGCGGAGAA